AUGAAGUCGUCCUGGAUCAAGGCGAGAGCUGCUCUCUCAGUGCCUCUAAGCACGGGCCUUCACCGUUGGAACAGCAACGCGGCUUCGAUCAUGCCACCUCACAGCACGGCCGUUCGAUUCUGCUCGUCCCAUCGCCCAGUCCUCAGACCAGAAUCAUCGUCGUGUGCACUCUCACUCGCAUCGUCGCACAGAUCUUCGUGCAGCUUAUCUUGCGAUGCGUCGACGAGAUCCUUUCCCGCCCACCGUCCAUCGCUCUGCACGCGACAGCCCGUCGCACGGCCCCGAUCGUCGCAUGCAAUCUCACGGGCAGGCCGCCUCGCGGCCACUCUCACCACCUCCUUCCUCCACCCCGCCGGCGCAGGCGUCGCGGUCCCUCCCCUUGCUUGCCGGCCGCCGAAACGGCAACUGACCGUUGCAAGCGGCGCCGCCAGCGCGGGCCAACCAGCUGUACCUCAGCAGCCGCACCGAGCAUCAACGCCGGAUACGUCUAUCGCGUCGGGCAACGGCAGUGUUUCGGAGUUUUCCACGUCGAUCCACGAGGAAGUGGAGGGAAGCAUUUGGCAGGGAGGGAAGAAGCGGCGGGCGGCGGUCGACGUGGAGGAGGAAGUGGUGGUGGCGGGGGACGGUGCGGCGGUGGGCAGAGGGCAGCAGAGCUACGCGCAGCUGGAGCCGACCCCCAUGGUGCAGGAGGCGUGGGACCUCCUCAACGCCUCCGUCGUUCAUUAUUACAACCAACCCGUGGGCACAGUGGCUGCAGCGGACCCCACGUCAACAGCAGCGCUCAACUACGACCAGGUGUUCAUCCGCGACUUCAUCCCCUCCGCGCUCGCCUUCAUGCUCUCCGGCCACCACGAGAUCGUUCGCAACUUCCUCCUCUACACAUUACAGCUGCAGAGCUGGGAGAAGACCGUAGACGCGCACAGGCCAGGCGAGGGGCUCAUGCCGGCCAGCUUUAAGGUCACGCAGACGCCCGUGGAGGGCAGCGCUGGGGGCGGGGCGGCGUACGAGGAGCACCUCGACCCCGACUUUGGCGAGUCUGCUAUCGGCCGUGUGGCUCCUGUUGACUCUGGCCUGUGGUGGAUUCAACUAUUGCAAGCAUAUGGGCGGUGCACGGGGGACGUGUCAUUGCAGCAGAGAGUGGACGUGCAGACGGGCAUCAAGCUCAUUCUCAAGGUCUGCCUCGCGGACCACUUCGACAUGUUCCCCACGCUCAUCACCACCGAUGGCUCCUGCAUGAUCGAUCGCAGACUGGGCAUUCACGGGCAUCCGUUGGAAAUCCAGUCUCUGUUAUACGGCGCCCUGAGAGCAGCGCGGGACAUGCUAAUUCCAGAAGGCGACAGCAUCGACCUCAUCCGUGCCGUCAACGCGCGGCUCACGGCGCUGGCCUUCCACAUCCGGCGCUACUACUGGCUGGACCUGCCCGCCCUCAACACCAUUUACCGCUUCAAAACCGAAGAAUACUCGCACGACGCCGUCAACAAGUUCAACAUCUACCCGGAUCAGAUCCCCCCGUGGCUCAUGGACUGGAUCCCGGACCGCGGAGGGUACUUUGUGGGGAAUGUGCAGCCGGCGCAUAUGGAUUUCCGGUGGUUUGCGCUGGGGAAUCUGUGGGCGAUUGUGAGCAGCCUGGCGUCGCACCAGCAGGCGGAGGCGAUUCUGGAUCUGGUGGAGGAGAAGUGGGAUGAGCUGGUGGGGGGUAUGCCGAUGAAGAUCUGCUUUCCUGCAUUGGAGAACGGCGAGUGGCGCAUUAUUACUGGCGCUGACCCCAAGAACACAGCGUGGUCGUACCACAACGGGGGGUCGUGGCCGGUGCUGCUGUGGCCGCUCACAGCAGCGUGCAUCAAGAUGGGUCGCCCCCACCUGGCACAGCGCGCUGUGGCCCUCGCAGAGCAGCGCCUGCAGGCCGACCGCUGGCCCGAGUACUAUGACACCAGGAGGGGGCGGUUCAUAGGCAAGCAAGCACGGUUGCACCAGACGUGGAGCAUCGCGGGAUACUUAACAGCCAAGCUGCUGCUCGCCAACCCCCACGCCGUCUCGCUCAUAGCAGCGGACGAAGACUCGUGCUUCUGUUCCGCCUUCUUGCCAAUGCGUGUGCUGGGUGGAAUGUGUGUCGUCUUCGCAAUGGCUGCCUCACGAUGGGCCGUCACUCAAGGGCGCGGCGGCGACACGUUCUCCGCCGCGAAGCUUCUCCCCGUGCUCAUCCUCGCAUUGCUGCUCCAGACGCCCUCCGCGUCCGCCCGCCGCUGGAAGGACUGCGACGCGGAAGACCUGCUGUCGAUCGCGAACGCGUUCGACAAUCACUACGUGUACAAGCUCAUCGCCAUGGACUCGCCCGACCAGACCAAUCUGCCGAGCCGCCUCGAUAUUGUCGCGGACCUGUGGAAAGUCGUCAAGGACGCCGUUGGGGGAAAGUACGCGCGGCUGGUGGACGCGCACAUGGCUGCGUUCCGAGCGACGCUGGCGCUGAAUGAUGGGCACAGCAUGUUCAUGCCGGAUUGCUUCGUUGGGAGCUACGACCUGCCGCUGCCGCUCAUGGCUGUCGUCGAAAACGGGCAGCAGAUCAUUCGCGUCGCGCCACGCCGAUGUGAGUGUUUAAAGGAUGGAAGUGCGACGGAGGAAGUACAGGUGCCAUGGAUCGGGACAGCUAGCCAUUCCCACUUUGCAAACGCCACAGGGUACUGGAAGAGGUACUGUGCCGUGGCGAGCCCAUCAGUGACUGGCGGCACCAGCGCACAGGCAAGCACGGUCGGACAGGCAGCAGACAUUCCGAUGAUGGACAGGUUUCUCGAUCGCCACCCCGCUCCCGUCUACUACGGUGAUACCAGUGAUGGUAGUGAUGGCAGUGGCGAAUUGAAUGUCGAGAUUUCGUCGGUCUCUGCUGCAGCAGCAGACGGCUCGUCUGGUGCGGUGUACCUGGUGGGCAACAGCACGGCGGUGGUGUGGAUUCACCAGUUCUUUUUCAGCGAGGCAGUGAUGAAGGUGUUGCAGGCCAAUAAGGUUGACCCGGAGAUGUACAUGGUCAUGGAGGUCACCAAGGCCCUCAACACCGCUGCAGCGUCAGUACUCCUCUCCACCUCCUCUUACUCCUUUCCAACUCCUCCUACUCCUCUCCACCUCCCCCUACUCCUCUCCACCUCCUCCUCUCCACCUCCCCCUACUUCUCUCCACCUCCCCCCUCGACUACUCCUCUCCCAUCCCCUUCCUUCCUUCUACUACCCCCUCAAUUGCUUUAGGCAGCGCGUCUUGUUAUGUAAAAAUAGCACCCAGCCCCGCUACCUUCCCCACUCCAUGUCUCAUGCUGGUACCCUGCUCUCAAUUCAUUUUUCACCUGCCUUGUUAUCCUCAUCACUUUCCCACCCUUCUGCUACUUGCCCUUUUCCCCAUGCCUGUUUCCAUGUCCCUUCCCUUGAAUCCCCCAUGUGUUCCCCCACGCAUCCUCCCGUGUGUUGCCCCAUGCCUCUCCCCAUGUGUGCCCGCAUGCGUCAUCUCAUCCCAUGCUCCCCCUCCCCUUUUCAGAUAUCCAGCGCCUCUCAGAUCAUCAUCAUCACAUACGUGCGUGGCAACGGUGGCGGUUCCGUUGCAGCAACGCUCAUGUGUCCCCCCAUUUGUCCCCCCCACGUGUCCCCCCAUGUGGCCCCCCACGUGUCCCCCCACGUGUCCCCCCAUGUGUCCCCCCAUGUGUCUCCCUAUGUGUCCCCCCAUGUGUCCCCCCAUGUGUCUCUCUAUGUGUCCGCCAUGUGUCCCCAUUCCCGCAUCUCCAACGCCUCGCAGAUCAUCAUAGACAUCAUCAUAGACGUGCGGGGCAACGGGGGCGGGUACACGGCAGCAGGGUACACGGCCAUCCGGCUGCUCAUGGGGGCAGCCAAGGCGCCCGACUCCGACUUCGCCCUGCCAGUGGACUGCAUCAACGGCACCGAGUACGCCGAGAACGCCAUCACCGCGCUCUCCAUCGACCCCACCACACAGUACUUCAUAGGGCUGUACGCAGACCUCAACGGGACCGGGUUCGCCAGCGCCUUUGACUACGCGCCUUUCCGCGAGCUCCGCUUCACGGAAACCGGCCCGGCGGGGAAAUACUCGGCGCCGUUCAAGUUGAAUAAGCAGUUCACCGGGAAGCAGGAGCAGCCGGUGUUUGGGGACCGCCCGUUCCUGGUCCUGUCGGAUGGGAAUUGCUUUUUUGCCUGCGCCAUCCUCACGCACGUCCUGGGGAAACGCCACAAA